AUGAACGAAAAGGAGCAAAAGAGACACGCCAAAAUUGUAGAAAGCGUAAAGUACACGCAAAAUGAAAACAUCCUUCUGGAAAAUUUAAAUGCAAUUUAUCAGAAUGAAGGAAAAAGACAAGACAGUCACGUAGUUAUACAACUUAUUGACAUAUUUUUAGAGGAAAAUAAUUAUGCUUACAAUGAAAAUUUUUUGUUUAAUUAUAACCUUUUGAAAAGGAACAAGGAGUUACAUUUAAACGCCGAAAGGAAAAAUAAGUCGAAAGUUAGCAAAGAGUACAAAAUAUGCGUGAAGAAUAGAAAUAUCGAAAAGGUGAAUGAAGAGGAUGCUUACUAUUUUUCCUUGAGAAAAAAAAAUCUGUGUAGCUUUAGUCGCGAAUUUUUAAAUGCCAAAAAAAUUAUUUUUCAGUUCAUCUGCAACAGUGUUCUGAACGGAUGUGUACAUAUAAAUUAUUUAGUUGAUAAAAUUUACGUAGAUUUUCAAAUUAAGAGCAGCAAAAAUGGGGUUACUCCACAAAGCGGGAAUUAUUCCAAACAUCUAAUUUGCAAUGACGAAUUGGUGAACAUCCUGAUCGAAACAAUCUUCACCCUGUUUGUGAGAGGCCUACAUGAGCAGCAUGGCGAUCCCACUGGUAUGGAAGACGAAGAAAAACAAAAGAAAAAUUUUUUCCACAGUCAUAGUGAUAUUCAAAAAAGCUAUCUGAUGCAUUCGAAAGAACAGAAAGUCAAGGAUGAAACCCACGACGUGGAAGAUAAGAACAUCAACUUGGUCAACAUUUUAAAAAAACUAAUCACCAUUGAUAAAAGUUUUGUCAAAAAUGUGUUUUAUAUUUUUUUGAAAAAUGUAGAACAAGCUAGCUUUAAACAUGUGCACAUAAAUGAAGCCGAAUUGUGCGCACGUGUUGUGCAUAUGUUUAAAGAAAUUAUUGCCUACUGUGAUGAGUUUGAAAUAGGCACCGUGUAUCACGUACUGCUGAAUAAUGAGAUGGUGUGGAGAAACCGGGUCCUGUACACGUACGUCGUGCCGCUGUGCAUACUGAACCUGCGCAAUGUGUAUAACGCGUACAACCUGGAGCUCUGCAUGAGCAUCGUUUGUGGGAAACUGCGCUUCGACGAGGCAGAGGGUGAAAAAAUAGACGAUGAAGAAAUAGACAGUGAAGAAACAGAAGAUGACGACACAGACGGUGAAGAAGGGGAUAGCGCCGUACCCAACGAUGACAUCUCCAAUGAUGAACUACCUGACGAAGCCCAGCCGAACACUCACCAACUGGCCGGAAGCGCCGCCGAAGAAAGAAUGAAACACCUAGUCCUUUUCCUGCUCAUAUUUUCCCUUAAAAUAUACGACAUAAGUUACCUUAACGGGUGCGUGCAGGAGCCGUUGCAGAAGUUUCUGCAUGUGCUAAGACGAAAUGUACAUUCCUUGAAGGACAGAUUUUACCACGUGUUAAAAACGAUCGUAUUUUUUCUCAUUCUGGUGUUUCACAAUUUAAAUAUUGACAAAAAUGAAGCAGUGAUGUACAUUUUGGAAUGUUUAGAUAUACUGCUUGAAGUUUAUUACCCAAAUGGGGUAUUCCUCAGCGGGAGCGAUGCACCCCCCAACAUACUAGAUGAAAGCACUACAAUGGAGGGGGUUAAUGAGGACGCCCAUGUGGCAUGUAAAGAGCACAACGAGGUUGGCGAUGCAGAUGAUGAGGACCCAUUCUGCUGUGAAACGGAGGGGAUAACAACAUCAGGACGAGGUGAAACAGAAGCUUAUAGUAAUAUGAGCAAAGGGCAGGGAAUUGUCAUGGGGGGCAACAGUUCAGUCCGCUCUAAGUGGAAUCCUCACCAGAUGAACCUUUUUCAAUUUAAUGUGUCUCCGUUGCUUCUGUGUUUAACAAUUCCUAUUCACCUUGAGUACAAUCUUAACCAGAACAACGAAGAAAAUUCAAACGGGGUCAAUCGAAGAAUUAUGGAAACCUCGAGGAGGCUGAAAAGUAAGUGGGUUACGUUCUUCACAAAUUAUAAUAACUGUUUUUUAGACUACUUAAGGAGGAUAGAUAUGGAGAUGUCCCGCGGUUUGGCUGAUUGUAUUCACGGAAGAAAACCUUCAACACUGUUCCACAGAUCGAUGUGGAGUGGGGGAAACCACCUCAACAUAAUGGAAAACAUAAUGGAUGAGGUGAACUACCUAACGAGUGAAGCAAACAAUUUAACAAAAGCAGACGUUUUGGAAGUCCUGUGUGUAAAUAAUAUUUUAUUUUAUCUGCACGAAAUAUUUGUCCACAUCGAUCUGAUUUAUCUAAUGCGCUUUUUCCAACUGUGCGAAAAUAAUCAGCACAAAUUUGAAUGCAUAGAUGUGGUACGGAAAAACCGAGAAUUACUUAUGCUCUCCAAAAUGAACACAAAAUUGUGUAUUAACACAUUUGAAAAUUUGAAAAAUGAAAAUAUAUCCAAAGUGAAUUUUGUUUAUAUCAAUUUGUUAAUGUUGUCUCUAUUCGAGUGCAAUUUAUUUUACGUUUUUAAAUUUAUGUCAUAUUACUGUUUAAUAAAUUCGUUUGACUUGUUGAGGUUUAUUCCUUGUUUGCUUUUUGUAUAUAAGAUGUCUUUCUCAAGUUGCGCACUACAGGGGGGGAGCUUCAAAAUGAGGAGCCCUUCUCCCUCUGGUGAAUCUACUGACCAGGGAGAUGCGCGCCGACAUGCAUUUGUUUUGAGGAGCCUAAUUCUGCACGUGCUGACCAAAAUCGGAUGCAGCGAUAGGAACAUUCCAGUUGUCUAUAACUGCAUUUGUAUUUUGCUCAACAGUGGCGAUGACCAAGGGGGAGAGAAGGAAGACUUGUCAUCGUGCCCCGCUGAUAAGUUAACUAGCCCCACGGACGAUGGUAUAGAGUCGGGUGCAAGCGAGGGAGAGGAAAGGAGAGGAUACUACUACCAUAAAACGGAGGGGAACCUGUCUAACCAAAUUUUGUUCAACAAGUUGUACCUCCUACACUGCUACGACAAAUUAGUGGACGUGAACGAAAAUAUAAUCAGCAAAUAUUUCAAGUAUGUGGAGGGUACCUUCGAGUUGGCAAGCCACACUGGGAAGGAUGAUGUGUAUGUCGAGAGGAAACACACAAUGCGGAAGAGCAGCAAAGGGGGGAAUCCCCCUCUAAAUGAAUCACAUCAAAAUGAUAGUAGUAACAACGGGAACACCAUGGACUGCAUGACGAAGGAAAAUGUGGGCGUACUGUUUGACCUAAAAAAUGUACUCAUACUGUUGAAGCUGUGCAGAUUUUACAACGUUAGCAAUUAUAUCAACAGUAUCAUAAAGCUGAUAAACUCCUUUUUUAAAAAAUACAAAAGUGGGAUUUCGCAGGAGGGUUAUAUUGACAAGGUCAAAAAUGGCAUUAUCAAAAUGAGCAUACUAAUUUUGGUGAUCCUGUCGAUGAAGAAGUACAUAGAGUUUGAAAUUAUUUAUAAUUUGUUAAAGAAGAACUUUUUAAAGACCGCGGUAAGUAGUGGAGGGAACGGCGGGGAAGACAUCAUUUGCUCUGUCAUUUCCUUCACGAGGCACUACAUCAAGCACAUGAUUUAUGACAAGGAGAAGCUAUGCGCCGAACAGUAUGAUAUUCUGUACCAUACAAAGCUGAAAUACAUUUUUAAAGACUUCUACAAAUUGCUGAGCGUGAACAAUGAGAGCAUCCUGGCAGAGAUUGUUAACGUCAUGUCGGUUGUUUACCCAGUGUACUACCAAUAUUUUGAUGUAAAUGGACACGGGGGUAGCGUCCGUGGUAGCGGGGUUUUCUUCGAACCAGGGGAAGGAGGACCAGAUGAUGAGGCCCAGUAUAUAACCCAUACAAUUAGCCAUAGCAGUAGCGCAAUGUAUGGUACCAACCCUGGGGUGUGCGAACUAAAUGUGCAAGAGAAAAAGAAUCUGCUGAGCCUCUUCUUCGAUAAGAACUUCGUGCACGAAUCAUUUCUGAAAAGCGGAUCGUACCAAAACAUUUAUGAGAACAUACAGAAAGCUAUUUUGAAGGACGAAAUGAACAACCUUUCCUUGUACAACCCGAGGAAUGAGAAUAACAGCAGCAGCAACCACCUGGUGAGGGUCCUCUACAAACUUUUCUACUCCAACAUUAAGAAUGAUAAAAUUUCUAAUUUUAAUUAUUAUGUGAAGUUAUUGCUUACCGAUAAAUUCCAGCACCUGGAAGAGAUCAUUUCCAUUUUGAAGAAUUUGCCCUUUUUUCACGUCCACUACGUUUCUUUCUUUUUUUACGUGGUGAAUUGCUUUUUUGAGAAAAUGCAAAAGAAGUUUGAUGCUGGGGAAGAGUUCAUUUUGCAUGUACAGGAGAAAGGAGCUGAAGAGGAGAUUUCCAAAGCAGAUAGGUCUAUUGAAAAAUCGAAGGGGGGUGCAACCCCUCCGGAAGCAGGCAAGAAAAGAAUCACAUACGAAUUUAUCUGCAACAGGAUGUACGAAGAAAUAAAACGAAUCAUAGGUGAGGAUAAUCUGAACGUGUAUGUUUUUUACCCCGUAUUGAGUAUCCUGUGCAAGCACAACAAUGACAUUAACGAGAUUUUAAAUUUCUUUUAUGAGCGAAUUGACUCGUAUAUUAAGGACAAGGAUAGCAAGUUGCAAGGCAACCAGAACGAAGUUGUUUUGAUUUUUCUUUGCCUAAAUUAUAUUCACACGAACGUUUCUCAGAUUCCAAAUUUUUAUUUGUUUCUUACUAACCUGCUGGAUGAAGUGUCUAACCGCAAAGUGAGGAAUAUUCUCUUACUGUGCCUGAGUUCGUGCUGCUACUACACCAAUUUGAGCGGCGCGGAGAUUUCGACGAUUCUGGCUCUACACAAGAGUGACUUGGGUAGUGGCGAUGGGAUCAACUUGGCGUACCAAACUGGGGGGGACGAAAAUAGUAACAGGGACAAUGUGCAACGGGAUGCUGGAGGAAUGGAACCGCGGGAUGAUGAUGACAACCUGCACUUUUUCCUCUCCCUCGGGAAUCUCUGCUUCUACCUGUACAAGCACUACAACAGCCACACAUUCGACGAGUCGAUGAAGGCAUUUUACGACGCCCUGAUAAAGUCGUUACAGAGAAAAGUGGACAACGCUAUUGUCCCGCUCGCUAACGUUAUGAUGUACCUUUACAUAAAAAAAGUGAUCGAUGUGUACGAAAUGAUGAGCACCAUCAAAAUGGUAUUGGUAAAUCUAGGCAACGGCCUGGUGUACGAUUCGAAAUACGUCAUAUAUGGUCUCUGCUCCCUGUACCACGUCUUAACAUUUUAUUACAAGAAAAAUUUGGACUGCUUUGUGUGCGAAGAGAGCCUUCUGGGGGGGGACACAGGUAACGAUGUAGAGGUCAAGGGAGCUGGGGGUGGUGGGACAAACCAAAGUGAGGGCCUCAAAGAAACGAUGAAAUUUCUAUCGCAUAGGAUGCACGAAAUCAUUGUGCAGUACUUUGAAGAACUCGACGAUAAAAACGUGAGUCUCAUUUCAUAUUGCAAUUUGAUUGGGAUAAGAAGUCUCGGCGUGGAGUGCAUUUCGGCCGACUACUUUGAUUCAAACGAGUGUUCCAAUAUGACCAUUUUAUUUAUGAAUAGAUUUAUAAAAAAAGAUUUCGAAAUUAAAAAAUGUGUAAGUGCAACGAAUAACAUUUUGGCAUGUACAGAAUCGGAAGACGAAUGUGAAACCUUGCAUGGUGGGAGUAGUUCCUUGUGGAAAAGGAAAAAUAUGAGAACUGGUGCUUUUGGCCAAGAAAGCAGCACUCGUGCAAAACAGGACUAUAGUUUGUUCCUUUAUCAAAAUGAUAAUUACAAAUUGAAUAAUGACAUUAUAGUAAAUGACCAUGGCACUAUUUUGACACUGAUUUAUUUGUUCUGUUAUAAGUAUUAUGAAGAGGUAAAUAAAUCCCUGAUUAGGGUAAAAAAUCUAGAGAAGAAAAAUAUGCUGUACCAUGUCUAUUCGAACUUGUUAAGGGUUGAAAAUUACAUAAAAGGUUUUUUAAAAGUGGGAAACUUCCUCGACAUUGACGCAAACUCUUUUAAGAAAGAUGAAGAGUAUGAACAAGUCAGGUUGAAUAUUCUAUUCGAUAUGGAGAGGGAAGAUGUGAAAUCCCUACACCUAUUCAGAAGCGAACUGUUUGAGCAUUUGGGAAGCUUCCUAAAAACGAUGAAGCUCAUAAAUUAUGUAAAGUUGAAUGUCCAGAUAAAGGACACUGUCCUGAACAUAUACUCCUAUGUAACCAAACUGAUAACAAUCUUUUACAUCCUCCUCCAAGUGAUGAUUGAAAAGAUCGCGCAAAAUGUAAGUCAGAACAUGAAAAGGUAUUACGCAGUUUAUGAGGAGUUUAUAAGAAGGGUGCAGAUUUUGUACGAAUGUCGAAUCAGCAUGUUUGAAUACUUCUCCCUUUUUAGCUGCUUCAACAAUUCAUAUGGGCACAUCUUUUGCAACUUCAGCAACUACUUCGAGGGGUUUAGCACUUAUGAAAAGUAUAUGUUUGUUAAGUGUAUUACCAAUUUUAAGCGAAUCAAAAAGGAAGAAAUUAAGUUUGUCUAUUUGAAUGUUUUAAAAGGUGCCAAGUUGUUUCAUGAAAACUCGUCUUUGUGGAUCUACGCCAUUUCGAUACUUAACGUUUUGCUGAAAAGGAUUUACAAAAGUACGAGAAGAAGUGGGAAUAUCGAAUUGGACUCGGAGAAGAGUUACUAUGACUUGGGCUCCUACAUCAAAUUCGCAUUCGUCACUGUUUUUAACGAGACCGUGCUGGCUCGCUUCAGGGAUAACUACUACAAUCACUACUGUGUAUAUGUGAGCACGGAUGAAUACAACAACGCGGGGAAAUUUCCCAAAGGGAGAGGUGCAGAAAAUGUAAAUAACUCGCCAAAUUGUGAUAAAUGGAAAGACCGACUUCGUUGCGAAGAACCAAUGGUGAGAAGCACACAGUGGGGAAAACAAACCAGUGAAUACUGUCCCAAGAACAUCCCUUGCGUGGAUAUCCCCUUCAACGUCAUGCUAUGUAUAGCGGACUUCCUUGCCCACCUGUGCAAAAUAAUUAUUAAAGAAAAUCUAGACGACGAAAUAAACGUGGACGAACUUUUGAAAAAUUUCCCCGUCCUCAUUCAAGGGUACGUCAUGCUAAAAUUGAGGGCAUCUUUUAAAAGGUUAAAUUUGAUUAAAAAUAAAAUUCUGUUUUAUGAGCCGAAGGGUAACUUUACAUUUAAGGAGAGGUUACAAGACUUCUAUUGUGCCCAGGAGAAACUCCAAAAUGGGGAAAGAACAAUCUCAUUAACAUUAGAUGAUGAGAAACUCUUCCACUUUUUUCACCACCUUUUUUGGGUAAAAGAGUGCAUUUCUUUAGCGUACAUAUAUAGUCACUUUGGGGAGAAGCAGAAGAUUCUAGACGGCUUGCUGCAAAUGUGCAGUGUGUCUCAGGUUAAUAAGGACUACCUGUACGUUGUGAUCACUUCCUUUGUUCUGUUUUGCAUGAAGUGUAAAAACAGUUCCUUUCUGUUGAAUAAUUUUAUGUACAAUUUUAGCCCUCUCAGCGAGUUGAGUGGCUUAUUGGGGGAGUUUUUAGCUGAGGGGGAAGGUGUGCCAUUUCCCUUUUUCGAUGACGACGCGAAGCGGGAGGAACUACCCAGUGAGCAUAGCGGAUUGGAUUCUAGCAAAUUGUAUUCAUACGGUGACCUCUCUGGGAAUAGUCACAACAACAACCGCAUCCCCGGUAGCAGCAUCAAUGGUGGAAAUUUCCCCCAUAAGGAUAUCGAACUUGCAAAAAUUCAUUUCAUCAUCGAGGAAGAAUUCGUAAGGACGAAAAUGAGAAAUUCGUUCGGAAAGAGCAUACACACACAGCGGACGGAAGACAACAACCUGCUACAAGAAUUAUUUUUAAAAAAAGAUAUGUUUUUUUUAAAAAAAUUGGGAAUAUUUUACAUGAUAAAAAAUAAUGAACAAAGAACCAAGUUGCUGGGAAGCUACAACAAAUUGAUAUCCCUUUUUUGCAAAAAAGAAAAACAGCAUUUGUUUAUUAAGCCGGGAAAUAUAGGCAGGGGUGGAAAUGACGCGGAUGAUAUUGACACUGGGGGAUAUACCCAAGACUUUGUUGAUAACUCCUAUAUGAACAUAACCUUUUUUAACACCAAUGCGGAAGAUAAUGCCUUCAUUUCGGGGGAGCGUGAAAUUUUCACCAAAUAUUUGAGCGUCCCUUUAUGUAUGAAAGAUGUUUUUACCUUUUUCGAAUUGAAUUUGAAUAAAAACAUUUUGACUAGUAGUUAUAACGAACUGUUUGGUGAGAAGCCUAUCCGGCAUGGGAAGAAAAGGGAUGGUGGAAAGGAGUCCGAGACUGAUGAGGCGAACGUAGAUGACCCCAAGGGUGUCAAAAAUCGGGACGCUCUUGACACACCCCCUUUUUCAGACGUAUCAGAUGAUGACGACAGCGAUAGUCAUAAUUAUAAGGAUAACCCAAACCACCAACACAAUAAUGCUGAGAACAUGAACGAUAUGGAAAAAACUUCAUUUAUGGAAAAGCAACGAAAAAAAAAAAAAAUUUUACUAUACGAUAGCACAUUGCUGAACUAUUUGAGUAACAAAUAUUAUUCCCUUAAUAAUUACGAACUGUACAUGGUCCACAUGGGUUUUAUGGGCGAGGAUAUUCGGGAGGCGUUUUUUGAGGGAAACGCCGCCACGUCUAGUGAAAGUAACAAUCACAUUCGUAGGAAGAAAUUGACAGAUAAGCUCUCCAGGCAGUUCGCCCUCCUGCAGACCUUUUUUAAAAACAUAAGUUUCUUUUUCAUGACUUUCCCUAAGGGGAUAGUUUUAAACAGUUCGGAAUAUUUCUUCCCCGAGAACAAGAACCAUUUCGUACAGAAGGUGAUAACUUUCUUGUGGCAGGAGUACGUCAGCAAGUACGGGUGA